AUGGCAACCUCGAACCCCUCUGUAUGCCUAUAUGGUCCUGGCAAUGCAAAGAUCGAGGACAGACCGGAGCCCGAAAUCACAGAGCCGACAGAUGCAAUCGUGCGGAUCAAAUUCGUGGGCGUGUGCGGGAGUGAUGUGCAUUUCUGGAAUCAUGGCGGCGUCAACGGCAACUAUGUUUCAGCCUCCCACCCUUUGGUGAUGGGACACGAAGCAUCAGGCACCAUCCACGCCGUCGGAUCUGCCGUCAGCCAUUUGAGGCCAGGAGAUAAUGUUGCCAUUGAGCCAGGCCGGCCGUGUCGGUCAUGUUCAAGGUGCAAAGAAGGACUGUACAAUCUUUGUCCGGACAUGAAGUUUGCGGCCUGCCCACCAGACACUUCGGGGUGCUUGUCCAAAUACUUCAAGAUCCCGGCCGAUUUCUGCUAUAAACUGCCCCCGGGCAUCAGCUUGCAGGAAGGGGUCCUUGCAGAGCCGCUGGCGGUUGCAGCCCACGCCGUGCGCAUGAUUAGGGUUCGACCGGGCCAGACCGUGGUCAUCUUCGGCUCUGGCACUAUUGGCCUGUUGUGUGGUGCGGUGGCUCGGCUGUUUGGUGCGAAGAGAAUCAUCGCUGUCGACUUGUUAGACGAGAAACUAGACUUCGCAAGGGACUUCAACAGGGCUAGCACGUUCAGACCAGACUUGGAUGCGACAGCCGAGGAAGAUGCUGCGCGGCUGAUUCGAGAGAACGGGUUGGGGUUGGGGGCAGAUGCCGUGAUCGAGGCCACGGGGGCGGAAAGCUCAAUUGCAAUGGCGGUCUAUGUUCUUCGGCCGGGCGGUUCCUGUGUACAGACUGGGCUGGGUAAACCGGUGGUCAAUUUUCCUAUCCUCACCAUGAGCGAGAAGGAAUUGCACAUGCAUGGAGCCUUCCGCUACAACACCGGAGACUUCGGGGUGGCCAUGGAUGUGCUAGAGGCUGGCACCAUCCCGCUCAAGAGCCUCAUCUCAAACAUAUUUGACUUUGAGCACGCCGCCGAUGCGUGGGAAGCAACGAAACAAGGUCGGGGUAUCAAAAAUAUGAUUCGAGGCUAUGGAUAUAAAGAUCCUGCCAGGAUGAUGCAUUUGUAG